AUGUCUUGUCCUUUCAACCACACCAGUAUUCCACCAAAUCAUCGAGUCGCGUUGCGUUGCGCAUUGACGGAUACCCACAUCUUCUCCAUACAUGUGUACACAAGCUCUCAUUCUCAUCCUCAUUCUCAAAAUACCGAGGGUGAAAAUAUCCUUGCAAUCAAGCUUAUAAUCUUGGAGAUCUUUGUGCGAAUACAGCUGACGCUCCCACCCAUACCCAUAUCUAACGACCGUCACGAUACCCACGAACUUAACACGCCGAAACCCGAACAGCGCCAGCAGCGAAGAACACUACGAAGAACUCACAUUGAAGCAGCUUCAGCUGGAAUCUCUCCUUUACCUCGAAUCAAAUUCGCCCAUCGACAAUCAAGUGAAGGCGACUUCACUCAUGACAUCGCAGACGAUCCCGAUACUGAACCUCAUCCAUUAAGUCCCUCCCCGGAAGCGGAAAAAAGUCCCGCCUAUCCUCCACGUAUCGAUAAGCAUACCGCGAGUGCCAUCCUUUACACCCUUGAAGAAGCGUUACGCCAACCCAAUCAAUUCACUCCAGAUUAUAUUGAAGAAAACGCUUCAAUGUCAGAUAUGUUAGGAGGAGCCACGAGCUCAGCUAGCAAUGGCACUAGACCCGCAGCCUCUGGUUCGCCCCACAUUCGUGGUCCAAGAGAUAUUAUGAGAGAUAGGCAAGCUCGCGAAGCUCGAAAAGCAUCUGAAGCGUCGGAACAAAAAGCCCGAGCUGCCGAACAAAAAAGAAACGAGGAAGAAUCAAUGCGGCAAGCAGAGAGAAGAGCAGCUGCUGGCGCUGCAGCACAAAGACUCGAAGAGCAAGGACAACCACGAAUUUCGAGCAACUCCCAAAGAGUAGAUCGAAGAGCCGCAGAUCGAGCAGCAAGUGGCGGGGAAAGUAUCAGACCAGUCGAUCAACCAAUGCAAAGACGUGGAACAACAUCAAGAACUCCUACAGGUCCUGAAAUUGCACCUCUCAGAUUGCCAAUGGCGCAAUCAAAACCCGCCGAGACUGGUCCAAGUCAACCAAAUUUAUCAACUGGAGCCGGUCCAGCUCAACCUCCGCCUUUAACCGUUCCAAGCCGUGAUGGCCCAACUCGAUCAUCGUUCCCGCAUGCAUUCGAGCGCUGGGAGACUCUCUCUGCACAUUGGGAGGGUCUCACAAGUUUCUGGCUUCGCAGACUGGAAGAAAAUUCCUCGGAAAUCAAUCGCGAUCCAUUGUCACAGCAGCUAUCCCGACAAAAUACUGAUUUAUCAGCUGCUGGCGCAAAUCUUUUCCAUGCUGUUGUCGAAUUACAACGUUUACGAGCUAGCUCUGAGCGCAAAUUUCAGAGAUGGUUUUUCGAGACGAGAGAACAAGAGGAACGUGCGACAGAGAACUUGGCAGUCAUGGCAAAACAGUUGGAGGAUGAGCGUAAUUCCAGAGCUCAAGCUAUUCAGGACGCCGUUGAGGCAUCGAGGCGCAAAGAUCAUUCCGAUAAAGUGAUUUCUGAGUUGAAGAGAGAGUUGGAGAUUGCUAGAAGUGAGGCUCGUAGAGCAUGGGACGAACUUGGUCGUCGUGAGACGGAGGAACGCGAACGAACAAUCUCUUUGCGAGAAGGUCAGCCAACCUUGUUGGGUGGAGUCCAGGUUGUUCCAAUGAUCCAAGGUGUACCAAGUCGUCAUGGUAGCACAGCUGCUCGAGAUCUUCCUCCAACAAGACAAGGAGGUCCUUCUGAUUCUGGAAGCGGAAGCGGAAGUGCGCGUACAGGAGGUCGAUUUGCAGAUCCUGAGAGUCCAGCUGGAUCGAAUGAAGCUUACCAACAAUAUCAGCGCUCUCAACGUACAGAACCAGCUGAUCCAUUCAUUGACAAUGUUCGUCAGCGUCGAGGAGCUGCUACAACAUCCGCACCAUCUUCAUCUCAAGCACCAGCCGUACAACCUGCCUCCCCAAGUACUUACUACCAACAACCUGAAGGUCAUCCAAGUACUCAAACCGGCAGGACCGAAGGACAGUAUGAUGGAUCAAACAGUGAUGAGGAAUAUGAGGUUGACGAGCAAGGAAGAUACGUUCUUGACGCUGCUGGAAACAGAAUUCCAUACUCAAAUGACGAUUCUGAUGAUGACACGGCUGAGUAUGAGCAUAGUCCUCGUCAACACCGUCAAGGUCGUGCUCCAGUUACUGGACCUCCAAUCCCAAUGGCUGGCGUUGAGUACGGACAAGGUCCAACAAAUAGCACAGCCGGCAACCCAACUUCUGCCCCCGCUGCCACAGUCGAUUACACAGGAUCAGGAUAUGGUGCAGGUGGCUCGGGUGCAGGUUGGGAGUCCUUUCCUCGUCAUCAUCAUCCAACUCGUCUCAGUGAUGUUCUGGAAGAAGAUGAGAGAAGCCGUACCAGUGCUAGCCAAGUCAGCCGACGCGAAUAG